AUGCAACGGAACAGGAACAGGAACAGGAACAUCAACCCACCAGAGGAUCCCUUGCUUGAUGAGGAAGAUUCUGUUGCACCACACAUUGUGCCAUCGGGCCCCCACGAUCCCCUUCGUAUGACACUCUCCACCGAAGAAAGACGUUGGGCAAGGUUUGUCAAGAAAUGCAUUGAAGAAACACCUGAUCUGGAUCCCAUGUCAGAUUUCUGGUAUGCACAGAUAUCAUUGCUAGAUGACGAUGCAGAUGAAGUUUUGGCCAGGGUGUACAAGCUGCAGGUCUUCCAAAAGGAGUACAAGAUUAUCGAGUCAUUGGGUCAAGCACAACAGAUUCUUCGCAAAUUCAUAGAUCUGUUUCCAGGGUACUUGCUAGCACUGGAAUAUUAUCCCCCCGAAGGCAACUAUGUACUCACCUUGGACCUUGCAAGAUUAUACACAAGUGUCCUGGACACCCACAAGGAUGGAUUUGAAAUAUUUCUGAAGGCAAUGUACUACAUAUAUCAUGCCAUGGCUCCAGACCUGUUGGCCGUCAGAGAAGGUGCCUGGGGAAUCAUUGAAUGUGAAGGCUUUGAUUGGAAAAAGAAUUUUGGCUUGGGGAUUCUGAGACCUUUCUGGGGAGAACUUUUGACAGCCUAUCCGAUUCAAUUUGUGAAAGUCAAAAACUUCAAUACUGGGUUCUUCGUGCAUUCCUUGGUGUCCAUGAGUAGGAGGUUUCUUCCCUUUGAACUUCACACCAAUGAGCGAUUCAUGACACAUGCCACAGAAGCUCUCAAGAAACGCUAUGCCAAUGAGGCCAGUUUUUCUCUGUAG